AUACUAUUUAUUGUUACUUUUAUAUAUUUAUAUAUUUUUUUCUUUUUUUCUUUGCCAAAAAAGAAAGGAAAAUAAGUGAACGAAUGAUAGAAGGGGGGCAGGACUAUAGAUUCCUAGAUAAUAUUUGGAAAGAUAAUUAUUUUACACCUUAUUUUAGAGAGAAAUAUAUCAAUGCCUUACUUGUUAUUAUUCUAGUUUUAUACUUCUCCUCUAUUUUAAUUUAUCAAUCUAUUCUUUAUUACAAGAACAAAAAAAGAAAUUCUAAAGAUGCUUUAUUAUAUCAACAACAGCAGCAAUCCAGGAAUAUUCAAUAUGGCUCUAUUAUCAGCAAUAAAAUAGAUAAUGAUGAUGAUGAUGCUUGUUCAUCAACUACUGCUGUUUCCAUCGACAUAGCAAAUAGCAGCAAUCCAUGGUCAGCAUACAAUUGGAUUAGGUUAAGUUUCUCGAUCAUUGAGGUAGCUUUAGUCGUUUACAUUACAUGUUUUUCUUUAUCAUCACCCAAAAAUGAUAUAAGCCAAAUAGUAGAAGGAAACUAUUAUGAUAUGAUGCUAAUGUAUUAUACUCGUAUUAUAUUCUGGACAUUUAAUACAUUACUUUCAUUUAUCAAUAUUUGUUUGUCUUUCUCGAAUGAUAAACAUGUGUCAGAUACAAUUUGUAGUUACCUAAACUAUAUUUAUGGGAUAGACUUUGCCAUUCAACUUAUAAAUCUAUAUGCUUAUUAUCAAGUAUACGAUAUAUUUGAUAUUAGUAUCAGAUAUCAAAAUUGGAUGAUUUCCACUUGUUUUGUUUUUAUGCUCUUAUUAGCUGUCAUUAAUGAAUCUCGAUAUGCUCCUUCAAAGCCUAUUAUCGCUGAGACGGGUCGCAUUUUGUCAGGUGAAAAAUGGGCAUCACUCUAUUCAAAAUUUAUGUUUUCUUGGGUAGAUCCUAUGUUAAAACAAGGACAAAAAAAGACAUUAAAUGAAAAUGACUUAAUGGAACUUAUAGCUGAAAACCGUACAAAAAAUACCUUAGCCUCUUAUCGUCUUCAAAAGAAAUAUAAAACAAUGACUCUAAAGUUAUUAGCAACCUUUAAAUGGCCCCUAAUCACCCAAUUUAUUUAUUGUAUUGGUUGGAGUAUUCUUAUGUUUGGUCCUGCUUAUUUUCUCAAUAAGAUCAUCAAAUUUAUUGAAAAUGGGGGUAGCAACGAUCAUAAGGAAACAAUUUCAUCCGCUUAUCUUUAUGUAUUGGGUUUGUUUAUUACAUCCUCUGCUCAAUCACUUUGUUAUCAGCAGGCACUUUAUAUUGGUCGAUCCUUAGGUAUUCGAAUUCAGUCAAUUGUAAUUGGUGAGGUAUACAGUAAAUCCCUUAGACGUAGAGAUCAAAGUGGAUCGACUACUGCAGGAGGCUCUGAAAUUUCAACCACAUUAAACGACAGCAGUAAUAGGAAAGCAAACGUAAACAAUUUAUUAUCUGUAGAUGCACAAAAGUUAGGCGACUUAAUUGCCUAUAUCUUUUAUAUUUAUUGUUUUCCAAUUCAAGUCGGCAUUUGUAUUUGGAGUCUUUAUCGUCUCUUAGGUUUUGCAUCUUUCUGGGGUGUCUUGAUCAUAGGCUUAUCUCAGCCCUUGACAUUUGCUUUGAGUAGACGUUUCCAACGACUUCAACAUGAUGCAAUGUCUUGUACAGACAAACGCAUUAGUCUUAUGAAUGAGUUGCUUUCUGCUAUCCGUAUUGUUAAAUUCUUUGCAUGGGAAACUGAAUUCCGUGAACGUAUCUUACGUGCUCGUUCUGCUGAACUAAAAGUAAUUCGUGCACGUCUAAUGAGCUUUAUGUGGAUUGGUAAUGUUUGGUUUUUAAUCCCGGUUUUGAUCAUGGUGGCUGUCUUUUAUGCUUAUACCAGAGAAUAUGUAUUAACAGCUUCAACUGCAUUUACUGCUUUGGCACUCUUUAAUAACUUUAAAACGGCUCUUGAUGAAUUGCCUGUGGUAAUUUCGUUCAUUUUACAAGCUAAUGUAUCUAUUCAUCGUAUAGAAAAGUUUUUAGAAGAAGAGGAAGUCAAACCAGCAACACCAUUUUCUUCUUCUUCUUCUUCUUAUCUUGUUAGUUAUAACAACAAUCUAACAGCAGCCACUUUUGUUGGCUUUAUCAAUAAUGCAAGCUUUAGCUGGAACUCACCCACAAAUAACACAUCCUUAGAUGGUACUGUUGUACCUCAUCUCAAGAACUUGAAUAUUUCUUUUCCUUUGAAUCAAUUAUCAAUUAUCUGUGGUCCUACAGGUUCUGGUAAAACGACCAUGUUAGCUAGUUUAUUGGGCGAAACAUAUUGCUUGUCUGGACAAGCUAUUUUACCUCGUAAACAAUCUAAUAACGGUAAUAAUGGUGGUGGUGGCGCUGUAUCUGGUAUUGCGUAUGUUGCUCAGACUGCCUGGCUUCAAAAUUGUAGUAUCAGGGAUAAUAUUUUGUUUGGUCUUCCAUAUGAUGAAGAAAGAUACGAAAAAGUUUUAUAUAUGACUGCUUUAACAAGAGAUCUUGACAUUUUGGAAUUUGGUGAUGCUACAGAAGUUGGAGAAAAGGGAAUUACUUUAAGUGGUGGACAAAAACAGAGAGUUGCCAUCGCAAGAGCUGUAUAUUCACAAGCAGAAAUAGUUAUUUUAGAUGAUUGUCUAAGUGCUGUAGAUGCUCAUACAGCAAAGCAUCUCUAUCAGUAUUGUUUAUUAGGUGAAUAUAUGAGAAAUCGUACUGUCAUUCUUGUUACACAUCAUGUUGGUCUUUGUAUUCGUGGUGCAGGUUAUGUGGUUGCUUUAGAUGAAUCAGGAUCAGUAGCAGCCGCAGGUAUGCCAUUAGAUGUUAUCAAGUCAGGUGUGCUUAGUGAAGAGCUCUCUGAAGAAAGUUGGAUGGAAAACACUGAUGCAAAUGAAGAAUUGGUUUUAGAGGGACCCAUUCCAAAUGUUCCUACAAAAGUAACAUCUACAAAGAAUAAGGUAGAAGGUGGAGGAAAGCUUGUUCAAGAUGAAAUUCGAGCUGAGGGCAGUGUUAAAUGGAGCGUUUAUGGUACGUACUAUUAUGCCUCUGGUGGGUUUUUCUUUUGGAUUUCUGUUCUGCUUCUCUUUUGCCUUGCUCAGGCGUCUGUAUUGGGACAGGAUUAUUGGAUUCGAGUGUGGUCUGCUGCUUAUGAUAAAAUGAAUAAUUACGUUAUGGACAGUUUACAAGUCAGUAAAGACGGCUUUUUAACAACUUUAAUGAGCUAUACUACUAUUUCUACUACUACCACUAUUGCUGCUGGUAGUACGAGUCUUCGUAGUGGUUUGUUAUGGGAUAUACUGCAUUAUUUUAAUAAGCAACCCUUCUUGCUACAACUUUCUCCCAUGAAAACUUUAGUUACUGCUCAAGAAAUUACCGAUGAAAAUCCUGCUACUUCCAUUCAUGUUGGUUAUUAUCUUGGUAUUUACUUUUUGAUUGGUAUGCUUUCUUUAGCCUUAACCACCGUCAGAUCUCUUGUGCUUUUCCUUGGAUCCAUAAAAGCCUCUCAUCGAAUUCACUCUCAGCUUCUUGAUCGCAUACUUCGAGCUAAGAUUCGCUUCUUUGACACAACACCUAUCGGCCGUAUUGUAAAUCGAUUUUCUUCUGAUCUUGAGACAAUAGAUCAAGCUGUUGCCCCAUCCCUUUCCUUCCUAUUAUAUUCGAUUGUGGCAACAGUUUAUGUUGUCUUUUUAAUUUCUAUUAUUACGCCUGCCUUUAUUAUUCCAGGUAUUUUUAUUGCUCUAAUGUUUAAAUCCAUUGGUGCUUAUUAUCUAAAGACAUCGCGUGAUAUGAAGCGUCUUAAUUCAGUCUCACGUAGUCCUAUCUACGUUCAAUUCAAUGAAACAAAUAUAGGCAUCGCUACUAUCCGAGCCUUUGGUUGUCAAAAGCGGUUUAUUGAAGAAAACCACAAACGUAUUGAUGCCAACAAUCGACCCUUCCUCUGGAUGUGGGCGACAAACCGUUGGCUUCAUUGUCGUGUAGACAUCCUGGGUGCCUUUGUUGGUUUCUGUACAGGUGCUGUCUUGAUAAGUUCUAGAAAUUGGAUUGAUCCAGGCUUGGCCGGUUUAUCAUUGAGUUAUGCCCUGACGUUUACACAUCAUGUUCUUUGGAUCGUUCGUAUGUAUGCUAUGAAUGAGAUGAAUAUGAAUGCAAUUGAGCGUAUUCAUGAGUAUUUAGACAUUGAAGAAGAACCGGAGACACAUAUAGAGGAAACAGCACCUCAUAUUUCAUGGCCAGAGCGAGGUAUAGUCAAGGUAGAUGACCUUGUCAUGCAAUAUGCAUCUGAUACGCCUGCUGUCUUGCGUCAUGUCUCAUUUGAAACUAAAGCUCGUGAAAAGAUUGGUAUCGUAGGACGAACAGGGUCAGGGAAGUCAACCUUGGCCAUGUCCUUGUUUCGUUUUAUGGAACCUACCUCUGGUCAUAUAUGGAUUGACGGUGUAGAUAUUCAUAGUAUUGGGUUACAUGAUUUGAGAUCACGUCUAACGAUCAUACCUCAGGAUCCAGUUUUGUUUUCAGGCACGUUACGUAGUAACUUGGAUCCCUUUGGACAAUAUGAUGAUGCUACACUUUGGGCUGCCUUGAAACGGUCUCAUUUAAUUGAUCAUGCUGACUCCAAGGAUACUUCAUCUCACCUAGAAGCAACGACAACAAUCACUUUGGAUUCUCCAGUAACUGAAAAUGGAAACAACUGGUCACAAGGUCAACGCCAGUUAAUUGCAUUAGCUAGAGCACUUGUGAAAAAGACAUCAUUGAUCAUUUUAGAUGAGGCAACUUCAUCCGUUGAUUUUGACACUGAUUAUGCAAUUCAAGAAACGAUUCGUAAAGAGUUUGUAGAUUCAACUUUAUUGUGCAUUGCACACCGUAUCCGUACUGUGAUAGACUAUGACCGUAUUUUAGUUUUAGAUCAAGGAAGAGUUAUGGAAUUUGAUACACCCUAUACACUAAUGACAAGAGAGGGUUCUAUUUUCAAGCAAAUGUGUGAGCGUAGUGGAGAGUACCAAGAACUUUUGCAACUGGCUAAAGCUAAAUAUUAUAAUAAAAGUAAUUAAUCAUAGUUAAUUUAAUAAACACAAAUAAAAUGAAUAGAGGGGAUUUCCCUUUUUUUUUUUUCA